ACCUUCUCUCUCACAAAUCAUUUCUCUCAGUUCUCUAAUUCUCUCCCUUCCUUUCCCCCUUACCUCCGGUGUAACCGCUUCCGUUUCACCUCCUAGAUUCGGUCUAUUUUCCUCAAGAAUCAGAUGAAGCAACUAAUCCGACGCCUCUCUCGUGUCGCGGAUUCCUCCGCUCAGUACACUCUCCUCCGAUCCGAUCCCGGGCGCCGUCGCCAGCGUAAGGGGUACUCUAUCAGAGGUUCCGUUGCGCGCAGAUCAGUGCCACAGGGACACGUGCCUGUAUAUGUCGGGGACGAGAUGGAGCGGUUCGUGGUGAGCGCGGAGCUGCUCAACCACCCUGUCUUCAUCGGACUUCUCAACAAAUCGGCGCAGGAGUACGGUUACGAGCAGAAGGGCGUUCUCCACAUCCCCUGUCACGUGCUCGUCUUCGAACGUGUCAUGGAGGCUCUGCGACUCGGCGUCGAGUCACGUGACCUCCAGGAUCUACUUGGAUCGUUCGCCGACGAGUGCCUUUUGUAACUAUUACGGGCGACGAUUUACAGAAACAACACAGCAAGCACAAAAAGAGGACCGCUUUGGAAUUUCACUCCUUUAUUUACUUCUUCUUCUUUUUUUUUCUUUUUUUCUUUGGGUGUAAAUAGAGGAAAUGAUAAUGAAAAUGUUAGGGUUAAUUUGUUGCUUUUUUUUGUAGUCCUUCAGUGUAAAAAAAGGACUUGAACAGCAGCAACAGGAAAUCGACAUGGUUCCCUUUUCGCCCUAAAUUUGUUCUUUCUAAAUUUAGAUUUUCUCUUCUUUUUUUUUUUCGGUAUUGAGACAAGAAAUUUUAUGGAAUUCG